GUGCAUGCUACCCACACACCUUCACUUGCACCAGCUCUGCACUGAGUCUGCCAUCUCGCUUCUGCCGUGCGCACCGCUCCGGCGGGCUGUGUGUUGUCUCCGGUGUGCGCGCUCUUCCCCUCCCACGGUACCAGGCUCCCAGCUUCACAAGCGUGACGAGUGGAGAAAAGCUGGACAUACCACUAUCUUGCCAGUCAUGUAACAUCCGAGUUCAAGUCGACCGGAAGCAAGGCAGGAGCCUUUCUCAAGACGGUCUGCAACGGACAAGGGCCCUAUGGGUGCGCUGCCUCUCCUCCCCUUCUUAGGCUUCCCUAAACUUGCUUUCAGAUGAGCCCUGUCGAGUGAACGAGUAAGCGAAAGAGGCCCCGAGCUGAACGUACGCUGCUCUGCACACUGCCUCACGAUUUGAGAUACUGAACCAUACCAGGUAUAUCUCGAAUUCCGCUGGCACCGCGUCUGCAAGCUCAAGGAGACCAUGGGCCCUGACCUCUACCCUCACAAGUUCGAGGUCUCGAUACCGCUUCCGCGCCAUAUUGAAAAGCGUGGUCCUGAGUGCAACUUCAAGCCAGGGGAGAAGAGCUUGAAGGCGUCGUUGAAUGCCCUGAGGGACGUAUCUGUAACUUUCGUGUAUCUCCACGGCGAGGACGAGAUGGCCCAAGUAAUGGUAGCAAACCCAGAGGGCUUCGUCGCGCAACACGACCACUUCCGCCAUGCAUCAGAUAACUCUCCUUUCCCAAACCUCCGCCAGCUGCCGUUGAGCUGCUUCGAUCUGGAGGGUCAGGAUACCCCGCUAUCGCAAGCGCUACCUGGGCCUCGUCUUCACGAGGAUACGAGGCGCAGCUCCAAGCUUCAUUGCCCGCCAUCAUAUCGUCAACUACGUCCGUCGGGUCUUCAACAAUCUCAGCUUCUCCGAGGUCGAGACGCCGAUGAUCUCUGGCAGAACGACUACGAAGCGGUUCACCACGAUCUCGACCCUUGCUGCGUCGACCUGACGCACGACCCCGAGCUCUCGAUCUGCGAGUUCCAAAUGGCGUACGCGGACUGCGACAUCACUGGGAGCCUGGCCGAGGGUAUUGGAAUGAAGGACCUCACUGGUGGGAAGACGAUGCCGAAAUACCACCCCGAGAGCAGAGGCAGCGAGAAGGCGUUCGAGCUGAGCUUCAGGCGGCCAUGGGCGCGAUCACGACAGGAGAGGGAGACGCUCGAGGAGAUAUUCCAGGCAGGGGAGACACUGCGCACCGAAGAGGCGAGCAAGUUCCUACGGGGGAGUUCACUUCGUGAGAUGCAGCGAGCCCCGGACGAAUGUGCGUCUGCUGGGCUGGCUCGUUGGCGGGUUUAUCAACCCUCUCUGCAUCUCUCCCGCCUUGAUUGGUCGAGGCUCGGUCUUUGCGAGCAUUUCGAAGGGCUCUUCUAUGCAAAGACAUUCUACAAUGCUUAUACAGAGCUGAACUGGCCUUUUGAGCAACGGCUGCAGUUCGAGGAGCAGGUUCGGCAUGAGGAGGAGGGCGAUGACGAGGCUUAGGGUACCAGUAGGGUGUUCGUUGACGCGUGCAUACCGCCCCCUGCUGUAUGUGCGCUCCAUCUAAUGUUAAUGAUUCUAUUAUGUUAGUCUGGAGCGCGGUCUCUCGCCGAUGGGCUGGUAUCGAACGUCUGGUGACGCUCCUGACCGACUCUGCUGGUACGUCUUGCGUGU